AGAUCCCAUAAAGAAACAAAAAAUGAAGCCAGGUCUUCGCGUAGUCCGGGGACCAAACUGGAAAGAUGGCGACGAUGAUGGAGGUGAAGGUCACGUGGGGACGGUCGUCGCCUCGGACGGCGCUGAAAAAGUGGCGACCAUCGUCUGGGAUUCGGGGACAAGGAAAAACUACAGGACGGGAAAAGACAAUGCUUAUGAUUUGUAUGUGCUUGAUAAUGCCCAAUGUGGUGAGUAGAGCAUUGUAUGUGCUUGAUAAUGGCCAAUGUGGUGAGUAGAGCAUUGCAUGUGCUUGAUAAUGGCCAAUGUGGUGAGUAGAACAUUGUAUGUGCUUGAUAAUGGCCAAUGUGGUGAGUAGAGCAUUGCAUGUGCUUGAUAAUGGCCAAUGUGGUGAGUAGAGCAUUGUAUGUGCUUGAUAAUGGCCAAUGUGGUGAGUAGAGCAUUGCAUGUGCUUGAUAAUGGCCAAUGUGGUGAGUAGAGCAUUGUAUGUGCUUGAUAAUGGCCAAUGUGGUGAGUAGAGCAUUGCAUGUGCUUGAUAAUGGCCAAUGUGGUGAGUAGAGCAUUGUAUGUGCUUGAUAAUGGCCAAUGUGGUGAGUAGAGCAUUGCAUGUGCUUGAUAAUGGCCAAUGUGGUGAGUAGAGCAUUGUAUGUGCUUGAUAAUGGCCAAUGUGGUGAGUAGAGCAUUGCAUGUGCUUGAUAAUGGCCAAUGUGGUGAGUAGAGCAUUGUAUGUGCUUGAUAAUGGCCAAUGUGGUGAGUAGAGCAUUGCAUGUGCUUGAUAAUGGCCAAUGUGGUGAGUAGAGCAUUGUAUGUGCUUGAUAAUGGCCAAUGUGGUGAGUAGAGCAUUGCAUGUGCUUGAUAAUGGCCAAUGUGGUGAGUAGAGCAUUGUAUGUGCUUGAUAAUGGCCAAUGUGGUGAGUAGAGCAUUGCAUGUGCUUGAUAAUGGCCAAUGUGGUGAGUAGAGCAUUGUAUGUGCUUGAUAAUGGCCAAUGUGGUGAGUAGAGCAUUGUAUGUGCUUGAUAAUGGCCAAUGUGGUGAGUAGAGCAUUGCAUGUGCUUGAUAAUGGCCAAUGUGGUGAGUAGAACAUUGUAUGUGCUUGAUAAUGGCCAAUGUGGUGAGUAGAGCAUUGUAUGUGCUUGAUAAUGGCCAAUGUGGUGAGUAGAGCAUUGCAUGUGCUUGAUAAUGGCCAAUGUGGUGAGUAGAGCAUUGUAUGUGCUUGAUAAUGGUCGAUGUGGUGAGUAGAAUAUAAACUAUUCAAUGUUGUGAAUACACAUUCUGCCUAGACCCAUCCCCUGCCCAUAUGCAACUGUACGCAAAAUCUCCCAACCCCCCCCCCACACACACUUCCGUACGUACUAAAUAUUAUGUAUGGUGCCUUUCAACCAUAAUUUAUAGACUAUAAAAUUAACAUCAAUAAGGUCAAAUAUUUCAAUUUCUUUUUAUGUAGCCUAGUUCUAUGGACGCUUAAAAGAAAAAUAAUUGAAGUUCAUCCCUUGCGUUGUAUGCAGAAAAUGGGUGCCUUUUAUAUUUGUUCGAAAGACCUUUAUUAAAUCGCCUUUACUUCUUGCAAGGUCAGCUCUCGUAAAGGUGUGGCUGUGGAAUAAAAGAACACAAUUUCAGUGAAGUUAAAUUUAUAUGUUUUAAUUACAAUUUUGUUUAAACUUGGAGAUUUUAUUAUAUUUAAAAAAAUAAAUAAAAAUAAUUCUAAGUUGGUUGGCAUUUAUUUUUUAAUUUUAUUCUACUAAUCAAGAAACAAAUUACAUUUGACGAGCCCGUGAAAAGUGUCUCUAAACAAAAAGCUGAAAAAUUAUUAUGUUUUUUUCUAAAUUAAAAAAAAACAACAGCAAACUGUUAGACACAUCUUAAAGUCAUGAGCCACUGAAUUGAGAAUAAAUACUAGGACAGGGAAACCACGAUUCAACGCGAAAAUUUGGGCCCACCAUUCGGAUUCGGUCAACAGAUGUUACUAAUGUGCCCCACUGCACCCAUUUCAGGACGUCUGCGGAAGUACGUAAAACUCUUGGUCUCGCAGAAGCCUGGAUUCCGAGCAAACAGCAUUACACUUUUGACAGCUCAUAAAACGGGCGUUGUUUCCAUUCAUUAGCUUGUGUCUACAGAAACACCAGCAGGCCCAAGCUAACAUGUUCGCGGCUUAAAUUUUUUUUUUUUUUUAAUGUUGUUUUUAUUUUAAAAUAAUUUUUUCAUGUUUUUUAAUUUUAAUUUUCAGGAACCACUCUAAAUGCUGUGGUGUUUAAAGCUGAGAGCGGUGGUGGCGCCCCCCCCCCUUUUUUUUUUCUUUUCCUCCUGGGCGAUUUUUUUUCUUAAUAUGAUAUUGCUGCAUUUUUAAAUUUUUUUUUUUUUUUAAUUUUUUUUUUAUUUUAAAAUAAUUUUUUCUUUUUUUUUAAUUUUAAUUUUCAGGAACCACUCUAAUUGCUGUGGUGUUUAAAGCUGAGAGCGGUGGUGGCGCCCCCCCCCCCUUUUUUUUUUCUUUUCCUCCUGGGCGAUUUUUUUUCUUAAUAUGAUAUUGCUGCAUUUUUAAACAACUGAAAUGUUUUUUUUUCGUAGAAUGGGAUGGCAAACGUCUUUGCCCGUCCAAGGUGGUACAAACAAUAGCUACCCCCCUGCGACAAUAGUUUUUUGUGUGCUUUCUUUUCAAACAAAAGAAUAUGUGCUCCCAUCCUGAAAAAUAUAAAUAUUUAUAAAUAUCCCCCCCCCCGGCCCUUUAAUUCCUCCUUUGAAAAAAUAAUUAAAUUAAUGUGCAAAUUAAAAUUAGACAUUUCAGCAGCGCAGCAGCGUUAUUUCCGGUUCUCGUUCCGCGUUUCAGGCUUAGGUCGGGGCUCAACUGUAUUUCCGAAUUCUCGUGCCGCGUUUCAGGCUUAGGUCCGGGGCUCAACUGUAUUUCCGAAUUCUCGUUCCGGGUUUCAGGCUUAGGUCCGGGGCUCAACUGUGUUUGCGAAUCUCUUUCACAGCUGUCAAGCAUUCCAGCGUAAGCUGUGACAGUUGCAGUGAGAGCGGUAUUGAGGGAAUUCGCUGGAAAUGUGACGUGUGUGACAAUUACGAUCUCUGUACUGAGUGCUACAUGAGGGACAAACAUGACACAUCGCACGCCUUUCUCAGAAUCGACAAUGGCAACUCCGCUCAGUAAGUCCCACGUGACACCAAUCUAAAAAAAAAAGAAAAAAAAAAGACCACUUGAGGCUGUCCUCUGUAAGUCCAGUCAAUAGUUUUGUCAAAACUGACCACUGUACUCUUCCUUUUUUAAGUCCAUUUUAACUUGCCUCUCAUCACCGACUACCUCAAUGUUGCCACAUGAGCUACGUCAUUCUUAAAACUUACCACCGUACCUUUUCUCAGUUAGUCCCACGAAACAUCGUUCUCAAAACGGACCACUGGACAUCUGUAAGUCCAAUCUAACAUACUUCUCAAAAACUGACCCGACAUCAUUACUUAGUAAGCAAAUUAUAUAUAUAUUUUGUUGUUGAAACAUUACAACUGGUCACCAUAUUUACUGGUAAAAAUUGGUUUUAUUAAAGGGGAAUGAAGCAGACAUGACCAGGUUACUAAACAUUAUUUACACCGUUUUUCGCUAAAGAAAUAAAGAAUAAGGAAGUUCCUUAAUUGACCAAUUAGCUAUAUAUUCUUGCAAGGUUGAACAGAUUGGUUUAAUAUCAACUGUAUGAUACUUGAUGGGUAUUUAAUGUUUAAAUUACCACAUUAAUAAAGACUAAAUUCUGAUGAUAAUAAUAAUAAUGAUAAUAAUAAUAAAAACAAUAAUAGUAAUAAAAAUAUAAAAUAAUACAACUGAUAAUAAAAUAAUAAUGAAUAAUAAUAAUAAAUAAUAAAAUAAUAAAUGAUAUGAUGUAUAGGCAUUCGCUACUCCAGGGUCAGAGUUCCUAAGCGUUGUGAAAGUCAAGGACAGAAACGAAAGGCCAUGGGGAUAUUCCCAGGAGCCACCGUGUGCAGGGGACCAGACUGGACUUGGAAUAAUCAGGAUGGUGAGUUGUGUGCAGGAUGUGCAUUCAAGAUGGUGAGUUGUGUGCAUGUUGUGUGCAAGUUGUAUGCAAGUUGUGUGCAGGUUGUGCAAUCUAAAUCGUGAGUUGUGUGCAAGUUGUGUUGAAGUUGUGCAAUCAAAAUGGUGAGUUGUGUGCAAGUUGUGUGCAAUUUUUGCAAUCAAAAUGGUGAGUUGUGUACAAGUUGUGCAAUUAAAAUGGUGAGUUGUGUGCACGUUGUAUGCUAGUUGUGCAAUCAAAAUGGGGAGUUGUGUGCAAGUUGUGCAAUCAAAAUGGUGAGUUGUGUGCAAGUUUUGCAAUCAAAAUGGUGAGUUGUGUGCAAGUUGUGCAAUUAAAAUGGUGAGUUGUGUGCACGUUGUAUGCUAAAUGUGCAAUCAAAAUGGUGAGUUGUGUGCAAGUUGUGUGCAAGUUGUGUGCAAGUUGUGUGCAAGUUGUGUGCAAGUUGUGUGCAAGUUGUGUGCAAGUUGUGUGCAAGUUGUGCAAUCAAAAUAGUGAGUUAUGUGUAAGUUUUGCAAUCAAAAUGGUGAGUUGUGUGCAAUUUGUGCAAUUAAAAAGUUGAGUGUGUGCAAGUUGUGCAAUCAAAAUGUUGAGUUGUGAGGAAGUUUUCAAUCAAAAUGUUGAGUUGUGAGGAAGUUUUCAAUCAAAAUGUUGAGUUGUGAGGAAGUUUUCAAUCAAAAUGUUGAGUUGUGAGGAAGUUUUCAAUCAAAAUGUUGAGUUGUGAGGAAGUUUUCAAUCAAAAUGUUGAGUUGUGAGGAAGUUUUCAAUCAAAAUGUUGAGUUGUGAGGAAGUUUUCAAUCAAAAUGUUGAGUUGUGAGGAAGUUUUCAAUCAAAAUGUUGAGUUGUGAGGAAGUUUUCAAUCAAAAUGUUGAGUUGUGAGGAAGUUUUCAAUCAAAAUGUUGAGUUGUGAGGAAGUUUUCAAUCAAAAUGUUGAGUUGUGAGGAAGUUUUCAAUCAAAAUGUUGAGUUGUGAGGAAGUUUUCAAUCAAAAUGGUGAGUUGUGUGCAAGUUGUGUGCAAGUUGUGUGAAGGUUGUGCAAUCAUGAAGGUGAGUUGUGAGCAGUUUGUGAGAUAAUGAUUUGAGUUGUGAGCAGUUUGUGAGAUAAUGAUUUGAGUUGUGUGCAGGUUGUGCAAUAAAAAUCGUGAGUUGUGUGAAAGUUUUGCAAUCAAAAUGGUGAGUUGUUUGCACGUUGUAUGCUAGUUGUGCAAUCAAAAUGGUGAGUUGUGUGCAAGUUGUGUGCAAGUUGUGUGCAACUUGUGUGCAAGUUGUGUGCAAGUUGUGUGCAAGUUUGCAAUCAAAAUAGUGAGUUAUGUGUAAGUUUUGCAAUCAAAAUGGUGAGUUGUGUGCAAUUUGUGCAAUUAAAAAGUUGAGUGUGUGCAAGUUGUGCAAUCAAAAUAGUGAGUUGUGUGUAAGUUUUGCAAUCAAAAUGGUGAGUUGUGUGUAAGUUUUGCAAUCAAAAUGGUGAGUUUUGUGGAAUUUGUGCAAUCAAAAUGGUGAGUUUUGUGGAUUUGUGCAAUCAAAAUGGUGAGUUGUGUGCAAGUUGUGCAAUCAAAAUGGUGAGUUUUGUGGAAUUUGUGCAAUCAAAAUGGUGAGUGGUGUGCAUUUUGUGCAAUCAAAAUGGUGAGUAGUAUGCAAGUUGUGUGCAAGUUGUGCAAUCAAAAUGGUGAGUAGUAUGCAAGUUGUGUGCAAUUUUUGCAAUCAAAAUGGUGAGUAGUAUGCAAGUUGUGUGCAAGUUGUGCAAUCAAAAUGGUGAGUAGUAUGCAAGUUGUGUGCAAGUUGUGCAAUCAAAAUGGUGAGUUGUGUGCAAUUUGUGCAAUCAAAAUGGUGAGUUUUGUGGAAUUUGUGCAAUCAAAAUGGUGAGUAGUAUGCAAGUUGUGUGCAAGUUGUGCAAUCAAAAUGGUGAGUAGAAUGCAAGUUGUGUGCAAGUUGUGCAAUCAAAAUGGUGAGUUUUGUGGAAUUUGUGCAAUCAAAAUGGUGAGUUGUGUGCAAGUUGUGCAAUCAAAAUGGUGAGUAGUAUGCACGUUGUGUGCAAGUUGUGCAAUCAAAAUGGUGAGUUGUGUGCAAGUUGUACAAUCAAAAUGAUGAGUAGUAUGCAAGUUGUGUAAUCUUGAUGGUGAGUUGUUACGUUGUUGUACAACCAGGAUAGUGAGUUGCUAUUGGGAUUUACGGUUAGGAUGGUGAGUUGUGUGCAAGUUGUACAAUCAAAAUGGUAAGUUGUUAGUACAUCGUACAAUCAGGAUGGUGAGUUGCUAAUACCCCUAAUAGGUCGUUCAAUAAGAUGGCGAGUUGCUAGCAGAUUGAACUUAUCAGGAUGUAGACCUGUGAGGAGUCUCAAAUUAGAAGGUCAUCAUAUUAGCCGACCAUACGAAUUUGCGACCUGUAUACAAUCAAGAUGGUUGGAUCUGUGAAGUCGAACAAUCGGGGAUAUAAGCUUGAACUCGCCUUUCUCACCUGUGUCCAAAACAAAAGACACGCAUUAAAUCAUCCGUGUGAAGACUGUGUUACUUUGUUGCAGGUGGUCAGGGCAAAAAGGGAUUUCUGCUCCACAUCAGUGACUGGGAUCCCACGUUUAGAACCAAAGCCGGCGUCUUGUGGGAAAGUGGAUCCGCCUACUCCUACCGCGUGGGGCACCAUGGGAAACUCGACUUAAAGUGCGUGGAGGCGGCUUCCGGUUGGCCCUACUACAAGAGUCAUCUUCCAGUUCUCGGUACAACUCUAUUAUUAUAGUGUUAUGUGAAGGGGCGUUGUCUCAUGAUGGUUGUACCUUAGUUACAGAUAGAGUUAUGUAUUUAAAAUUUAAAACUGAAUAAACUUAGUGUCGAAUGGGCCCGAAACUUCUAGGAAUUGUUUGAUAUGAAAUGUGUUUAAAACAACAACAAUGCUUUGACAGGGAAGAUGGCCGAAGACAGUUCUGACGACAGUUUAAACGCAGACCCACUUUUGCAGGCUUUGAUGCAGGAGCAGUUGGCGAGACCUUUUGAAGCGCUCAUCGCCUCGCAGCUGCUAAAAGCCAUUAGAGAUGUGAGUUACUGUAAUGGUGAAAAAAUAAAAAAAAAUAUUUAAAAAAAACUGGCUAGUCUUGUUACUGUCCUCCUUCUUCCCACAUUCUGGUCUCACAACUGAAUUAAACAUCUCGACGAACUGCCUAUUAAUAAAAUAAAUAUAGCAUUUUGAAAUGACACGCAAGUAAUGUUGGCGAUGAGCGUAAAACAUAGAGGAGGGUUACAUGCUGGAUUGUGCGUUUCUCUUAAACCAGGAAUGGAAAUUCGUGGCCGACACUGUGAUAUUUGAAACUGUAGUUACCCCUUUAACAGAUGAUGAUGCCAACAGUUUUCUUGUGAUGCCAUAACACCAAACCAGUCACUGUCCCCCCCCCCCCAGGUCCGUGUACACCUUGGGGGGGGGGAAUGUUAAGUUAAAAACUUGCAAGCUUGUUGAAUGUUUAGAGGAACCUAAGAAUAAUAUAAAGAGUGAACUUUUAAUGAAUAAUUCUUUAGGUAUGUAUUUUCGUAUCCGGAAAUUUGUUUGAAAUAAAUUUCGUUGCACUAUACUAUAUAUAGCAAAACAGCAUUUUAACGUGUCGACUGAAAAAAAAAAGAUGCGACCAAACUUCCGUUCGAUCAAAUUUCCGUCAAUCAAUUUUCCGUCAACGAAAUUUCAUGCAAACAAAUUUCCGGUAACCAUGUAUUUAUGUAUGGCUGCAACGCCGUGUUCAAUAGGCGCGUAAAUUAAAAACUCCCAAAAGUUUGCGCUUAUUGGGAUUCUUAUAAAGUGCGUUAUUUGAAUGCAUAUUUUGGUCGGAUAUCAUUAAGUGACUGAUUACAUGUCAUCACGGUCGUAUCGCAUUCUAAUUACUUAGCAAAUGUAAGCAAAUCUGCCUACAAACCUUACAUCCCAAAGGGCAUGAAAGAGUCGCCGCCAGCCUCACCAACGCCAUCGGCCGGCCAACCUGGCAACCUUCUGCUCGGGUGCCGAGUCGUCCGUGGGCCUGACUGGAAGUGGGGGGGCCAGGACAGCGGCGAGGGCCAUCUCGGGACCGUUGUGGACAUCGGUGGGCCCGGCCUCUCAAAGCCCCCCGAGAAGUGUGUGUCGGUGCUAUGGGAUUCCGGGCAGAGGAACGUGUACAGAGCCGGACGAGAAGGGGCGCACGAUCUCCGUGUUUACGACAACGCCCCGGGCGGUGAGUUGGUUAACAAAAAAAGAUAAUGUUGAACCUAUUUCUUUAGGCGUUGUCAACAAUAUUUGUGUGAACAUGUGUAUUAUCAUUAACUAUGUAUUCCUCAUCACGACAAUGUGAAAUUAUUGAACACAUCCUUAUAUAUUAUAAAGAUAGUUAACUCCCUUUGAAAUAAAGACACAUACACACAGAACCAACAAAAAGUUCAUCAUUACCACUUAGUGGUAAAUUAAAAAAAAUGAAAUAAACUAGUCAUAUUUAGCUCUUUAUCAAUCCUCUUUGCCAAAUUAAAAGGUGCUAUGGGCGAAGUAACAUACAUACUCAGUGAGAAGGUGGGGAUUUCAUAUUCAGGGAAAUCAAAGAUUCCAUGGUAAAUUACACAAUUUUCAUGGGGAUUGACCAUUUACCCCCCCCCCCCCCCUUUUUCUUUUUUUUUUUCUAUUUACACAGGCAUUAAACAUAAGUCGACCACAUGCGAUCAUUGUAAAACACAAGGAAUUAAAGGAAUUCGAUGGAAGUGUAUGGUUUGUUUUAACUACGACCUGUGCUCCACCUGCUACAGCACAGAUAAACACGACACCGGCCACGAGUUCUGGAGCAUUGACAGCCCGGGUUCAAAACGGUAGACUGUUUUCUUAGUUCCAUGGAGAUUUUUAAACCUUGCUAAUUAAUGAAAUCUUUUUAAUUGCGGCUAUUAUCUUAAUUUCUUUAAAGAAAAACACAAUUUUUGAAAAUCUUAUCCUACGUGAUUGAAGUGAAGGUUCUUAUGAAAAAUUGCUCAACAUUUUGCGGUGUUAAGAACUUUGCAUAAGCGUUAAAACACUUUGAUCUCAACAUUCCACCGGGAUUUAAACGGAUUAUUCCAAUCACGAAAAAAUCUCAACACAGAAAAUUCUCAACGAACAUGAUCCAGCCGACGGUUGCUGCCCACAACACUAUAUGUGUGUGUGUUUUUUGUUGCAGGCGUAUCGGAGGUGUUCAACUCAAAGACAAGCACCUUGGCGGGCCAGACUUGAAAAUUCUUACGUAAAAAAAAAGGGGGGGUUGGGGGGGGGGGGAAUUUGCGUUUUUUUUUUCUCCCUCUUUCGAAUUCUUAUUGUAUGAUUUACAGUUAUUUAGUUCACCUUGGAUAUUUCCAGGCUUAGCCAACAAUUAAUUGAUAAUGGCGAAAUAGCGAAAAGCGUGUGUUAUUUAAACAAUUAAUAAAAUAACAAGAAAAGAGCUCUUGUUAUAAAAUAAAGGUGCUUGUCAAGUGUGAUUGCAAAAAAAAAAAAAAAAAAAAAAAANAUAAUAUCUCUUGAAAUCUGCAUAGCACAACUAAAAACACCUAGUGCUAUGAUAGUUGAUUCAUAUGACAUAGGCAGCUUUCUUGGCGGCAAUGUUUCAUUUACUGUCCAAUUUUUUUUUUUUAAACAUCUUUUUUUCCCUCUUUGUAAUUUCCAGUCGUAAAGUUCCCAGAAGACGUGACAGUGAGAAGGUCCAAGCCAAAGGGAUCUUUGUGGGGGCCAAGGUGUGCCGCGGGCAGGACUGGAUGUACGGUAAUCAGGACGGUGAGGGCUCAUUCUUUUGGUUAGUUAAAUUUAAGCUCAAAGAAAAAAGAAAAGGAAAAAAAAAUAUAUAUAUAAUUUUGGGGUGGCUGAAUGGGUAGGCUUCCGAAAGAAAAAUUUAGAAUAUUUCCUAAAACAGACUAACUGUUAAAAGACAGAAUAACUGUUAAAAGACAGACUAACUGUUAAAAGACAGACUAACUGUUAAAAGACAGACUAACUUUUAAAAGACAAACUAACUAUUAAAAUACAGACUAACUAUUAAAAGACAGACUAAACAUUAAAAGGCAGACUAACUCUUAAAAUUUAGACUAACUCGUCAUAUGACACGCCAAGAUAAGGUCGUACAAAAAUGAUUUGUUAAAAAACAAACAUUCUGAAGAAUAGGUGCUAGAAACACAUUAUGAGCCAUGACCCAAUCAAUGCUUGUUUAUUAAACGAGUUCCAUUUAUGUAGUCAUAAGGCACAGUAUGAGCCAUGACCCAAUCAAUGCUUGUUUAUUAAGCGAGUUCCAUUUAUGUAGUCAUGAAGCACAGUAUGAGCCAUGACCCAAUCAAUGUUUGUUUAUUAAAACGAGUUCCAUUUAUGUGGUCAUGAAGCACAGUAUGAGCCAUGACCCUAUCAAUGCUUGUUUAUUAAACGAGUUCCAUUUAUGUGGGCAUGAAACACAGUAUGAGCCAUGACCCUAGCAAUGCUUGUUUAUUAAACGAGUUCCAUUUAUGUAGUCAUAAGGCACAGUAUGAGCCAUGACCCAAUCAAUGCUUGUUUAUUAAACGAGUUCCAUUUAUGUGGGCAUGAAGCACAGUAUGAGCCAUGACCCAAUCAAUGCUUGUUUAUUAAACGAGUCCCAUUUAUGUGGGCAUGAAACCGACUACAUCUGUAAAACACGUGAUAGGCCUCGUGUUUAAACAUGUCCCAAUAAAUGCGUGCUCAUUAAAAGAUUGUCAUUUACGUGGGUAUGAAGCCGACUUCCUCUGAGUGUUACAGUAACACACACACACCAUGUCUCGUGGUCACGGCGCGUAUAUUUUUGUCACACAUUCUAACGCCAUUAACUGCCAUCUUUACAACAAGUCUUCAGUUGUUUAGUGAAAAAAAUAGCAAUAAUCUUUUCUAGAAGUAUCCAUGGUCUGGUGUCCAAUCAAUAAUAAUCUUUUCUGGAAGUAUCCACGAUCUGUUGUCCAAAUGACAAUAAUCUUUGCUAGAAGUUUAUUAGUUUCCAUUUUCUGGUGUCCAAUGAACAAUAAUCUUUUUCUAAAAGCAUCAUUAUUCUGGUGUCUAAUUAAUAGUAGUCUUUUCCAGAAGCAUCCAUGACCUGUUAUCUAAUUAAAUAUCAUCUUUUACACAAGUGUGCAAUGACUCGUGGCAUGAUUUUUAUUUUCUCAGGUGGAGAGGGCAGUGAAGGUUUAGUUUACGAAAUCAAAGACUGGGAUCCAUCAAAAUCCGGCAACAGUGAAGCUGAUGUCACGUGGUCAUCCGGGACAAAAAACACCUACAGGCUGGGACAUUCGGGAAAAGUGGACUUGAAAUGUAUCAAGGCUUCCAUCGGUGGCGUCUACUACAGGAGCCAUUUGCCAAUUUUAGGUCAGUCUAGGCAUGUUUUAUACAAAUAUUCGUCAACUGACAAUAGCCAGCAAGUAUAAUAGUCAAGAAGUUUUAUAGGCUAGCCAAAAAUUCUAUAGCAUUCUUAGACUCAAAGUCAGUAUUUGAACUGUUUAUUCAAACUGCCGACUCUAUGGUAUGUUUUGCAGCUUUAAAUAGAAUUUGAUAAUUAAACUGGACAUUACCAGAGGUGCAUCUGGCAAAUUUUACCCUUAAUUAAUAUCUAUAGUUACUGCAAUGUUUACCGUUUAGUAAUAUGGGGACUUAUUUACCCUUAUAUAAUUUGUGUACUUAUUGCAAUAUUUAGUAAUGUGUGUACGCAAUGUCUCUGUACACCAUGUUCUCUGUACGCCACGUUCUCUGUUACCUACAGGACAAGUCAUUGACUCGGGAUGUGAUUUUAAAAUUGGCGAGAAAGUCAAGUGUAGGGUUGACAACGAUGUGGUGAAGGCGCUUCAACAAAACCAUGGCGGCUGGGCAGACGAGAUGGCCCAGGUAAGACUCUUUGAAUGUUGACCACAACGUUAAAUGACUUCAGUAAGCUCUUAAUAACAUUACGUUCCCAGCAAUGGCUUAAUCGUUUAUAUAGAGAGCUCAUAGAAAAAAAGAAAUCUGUUCCAACGAGAACAUUUCAGAGCACAGUCUGAGGGAUGAUCCUGUUCCUAUUACUGCACAUUCUGAAGGAUAAUACUGUACCUAUUACUAUAGAGUCUGAGGGAUGGUACUGUGCCUAUUACUAUACAGUCUGAGAGAUGAUAUUGUCUCAAUUACUACUCUGUUUUACAAAAAAUGUGUUCGUAACCAUAGUCCUAUUUUUAAAAAUUCCAAUCUUAACAAAAUUUAAAACUUAGUUCUUGACUCUCAAACCUGUGGCUUUUAAUUUACUCGCUAUUGGACUUCUUUAAAUAUUUGUUUUAAAAAAAAUGAGAAAACUUGAGGAAUUUCAUUUAGAUUUUUUCAUCACCAUCAUCAUUCAUCAUGGAUUUGAAAAUUGAUACCUGCCAUAAAAAAUCAUUUGCAAACAUUGACUUGAACAUAUAAAUGAUAGCCCUAUAGUGUUCGUCGUUUAAUGGCGGAAAUCUAUCAAUAGAACAUACGGGCAUUCAGUCUGGCCAAUUUCAUUAAGAUAUUAAUAAAAAACAUCCUGUUUCUCCGUUUGGCCAAUACUCAACAGGUUUUCUUCUGAGUGACUAGGAGCCGGCGUAGGGAGUCCCAACCUAGACCGGAACGUGUUUACAACUUGAUUGAACGAAAGAUUUUGAAAACAAAUUGUUACUGCCAUAUACUAUACCUAUGCGGACAUACAUUGUUAGAAGCUACGUCUUACGAAGACCUUGUCUAAAAAUAGUAACGUUACGUACUCGAUGUGACGUUUUCCGGCCUUAGAAAUGACACUCCCCUUCCUGUCUGCCCCAAAUGUGUUUCUGCGUUUGUCUCCGAAUCGGGGCAGACAACUGCAGUAAAUGUAACGAGCUCGUAGCUGGUAAUGCCUUGUAAGAACCGGUUAACGGUUUAAAACCGGUUUCCCGAAACCGAUAUUAGCAUCCCUAAUGAAAACCCAAGGUUGUUCUUUUCUUUGCUGACAAUUUAUAUAAGAAAGCCAUCUGGUUGUUAUGGAACGGAGUUGCAAAUUUUAUUUUUUUGUUUCUUUUUUGUUUUUUGUUUGUUUACAGUACACGUGUUUAACCGGUACAGUGGUCGCCAUUGAUGCUGAUGAUGACGUCGUGGUCCAGUAUGAAGAUGGCAAAAAGUGGUAUUAUAAUCAGGAUGUGCUCACCAGGGUAAACCAGCUUAUUCAUAUGUUUAAUGUUUUGAGUGAUCUAUACUUCCUGAUUUUUUAUAUUUUAUUUUUGUUUGUUGAUUGAUUUAUGUAAAGAAACCCAAAGACUCAAAAGGGGCUUUGAAAGCUCGUGAGGGGAAGGGGGCUGAGAGAUGGAGUGAGAGACAGAAAGAGAGACAGAAAGAGAGAGAGAGAGAGAGAGAGAGAGAGAGAGAGAGAGAGAGAAAGAAAGAGAGUGGAGGGAACACAUGGAUCAGAUGGAGGGAUAUCCUCUUGUUUUGCAAGUAGAUAUAAAAACUUAAUGGAUAAUUUAUAUUUUAAUUUGCAUAUUAAAGAUGGUUUAACAAUACCAAACUGUCAUCACUGUGAUUUCUUAUAAUUUAUACAAACUUAACAUACAUACAUUUUUGGGAACGAUAGUUUUUUAAAAACAAAACUAACUGAUCUGAGCACGCUUGAAGAGAUUUGAAGUCUGCUGGCUAGAAGCAGUGGCCGCCCCCAAUUUGUGGUACGGGACUAUUAUAUGGACAUAAACCUGACCUACAGAUUUUGCACAUUGACUGCUUAUGCCAGUGACGACUCCCAUGCUUCCGCUGGUCUAGAACAGGGGGGUCGUCAAACUACGGCCCGUGUGCCGGAAUCCGGCCCGUGACGCCAGUUCAUCAGGUCCACCGACGGUAUUUGAAUUUGCUUGAUAAAACGUUUGGAACACGAGACGUUAUGAUACAAUUUAAAUUUUGUGUUUAGAAUUAGGUAAUUAAGUAAAAAAGAAAAAUUUAAAAAUCCAAAAAAGUUAUAAAAAUAUUACAGUUAUAUAGAGCAAAGUUGAAAUUUAAAAAAAAAAAAUGAAACCAGCAUCUACUUUCUUUCUUUAGUACUUUUUGAGCUAUGAAUUUUUAAAAUGCGAAUUCGUUUUGGUAUUUGUUAAAACCAAGGACUGCACCGCCACAUGUGAACCAAUUCCGCUGAUCGUGGGCAUGCACACUAGCUCUUGUUUUAGCGAUAAUUUUACACAAGUUAGAUUUCAGGAUUAAUCAAGUGUUGUACAGAAUGAUUUUUCGGCCCGCGCACGGAAUUUUGUCAGUUUUCCGGCCCACUGUGAAAAAAAAAGUUUGGUGACUCCUGGUCUAGAACUCGAUCGUGGUUGCUAUCAUUCUGUGAUGGCUAGCACCAACCGUUGUCAUACGUUUGAAAUUUUGAACACAUUUCAAAUUCUUUUUUUUUUCCAACUGAUUGCGACCAUGUUCUAUGUUAAUUGAAUCACUUGACCUAAAAAACUCUAUUUGAAAUGCCGUCUCUAGGUAGAAGCGACGGGUCCCGCCAGAGAUCCCAUGAGCAGUGCGGUAGUCAAGGAAGCUCUCCAAAUGGACAUACCCAAAGACAUCCUGGAAAAAUGCGUGAAAACGAGGUGGGCAGAAGGUCGGGGUGAAUUCACGAGCCUGGACGCCCUGAUAGAAACCGUGUUCAACAUGAACAUACGUGAGGACGAGAUCUCCCACACCUCAGCCACGCCAACGCCUGUUCCAUCAUUCGCGGCUGCACCGAUGGCGGACAGAUGGAGUGCCGCUCAACCUGACUCAGCCGGUGCGUCUGCUAAUGCUGACAAUCACCAGGCGAAUCUGGCCGAAGAAAACCGUAGGCUAAAAGACGAACGCAUGUGCAAGAUAUGCAUGGACAGUGACGCGUGUGUCGCAUUUGUCCCGUGUGGACAUUUGGCGUCGUGCUACGUCUGCGCUAAACUUCUCGUACAGUGCCCGAUUUGUCGCGUAGAUAUCCAAAGCUUCAUGCGGACGUAUAUAGCCUAAAACAUUUGUCAGAAAUUUUUUUGGGAAAUGCUGUAAAUAAGAUUUUUUUUUUUUUGAGAACCUUGCUUCCACACUUGAACUCUGAAGUUCAGUAACUUACGUUCCUCAAUUUACUAACACACGUAACAGAAGAUCUGUGUAAGGUCUCCCGUCUUAUGUAGUCUCGACACACACAUGCAAACACAUCAAAUUACAAUUGGGAAGUGUAAAUAUCCAUGAAAUAUAAGCACGCGCGAAAGCGAAGGAUGUAUCCACCAAUGGUAAGAUAGUGGAUGAUGUAUCCACCAUUGGUAAGAUAGUGGAUGAUGUAUCCACCAAUGGUAAGAUAGUGGAUGAUGUAGUAACUAAUGGUUAGGAAAGUGCAUGAUGUAAUUACCGAUGUGUUUGGGGGGGGGGGAGUGCCUACGCACGCACCGGUGGUAGGAGAGAAUAGGAUGUGUAACAUUACUUGUAACUUUCCAUUCUCUUACACCAGCUGAGUAUUUAAGUUAUCCUCAUAACCAUGGACGUUUUAAUUAUAUUAAUAAAACGGCAUUUUAGUGUUUUAAUGUUCAUGAACGGAUACAUUUGUUUAUUAAUAGAUUUUCUGGUUGCUGUUAGCUUUAAAAAAAUUAACUUUUCAACAAUUUUUAAUAUUGCUUGUAUCGUUAAUUGUAUGCGUGCUAUCAUUUUGGUAGUUCAUUAAAAAAAAAAUCACUAAACCGGAUAAGGGAAAUACUUUAAAUAAUGUGCAUUGAAAAAAGAAAAGUCACACGAUGAGGAACUCAAGAGUUAUAUUUUGUUAUUUCCCCCAAUAUUAUACGUUCACAGAAUGCUGUGUAAUCCUUGAAAUAUUUACACUCUAAUAAAAUGAUGUGUACGUAUGCACUAUCAACACGUAAAUAAAAUGUCGUCUAGCAUUGCACUAUUUUGAUAUGAUAAUCAGAUGAUUCUUUUAUUGUUAAUUUUAAAAAAAAAGACAUUUGUUUUGAUACUUCGUAC